CAAUAUCCGCGAAGAUCAGGGAAGUUUUAAGGACGUGCCGUAAGUAAACCAAAUUAGUAUGGACAUUGGCUGGGAUAGAUCACGUGAUUCUGUACAGCGGAAGUUUCUGUCAUACCACGUUGUUCUGUUUACUCUUGAGACUUGUGUUUUACAGAAAAGUAAAAGGACCUGCUUGAACAAGACAAAGUAACAGAUAACUAAGGUACUAAGCCAAUAGAAAACAAAUUGUAACGUAACCUAUGAUGACGUCAGCUGGCCCGGAAGUUGCACAACUGGCCCUCACGUCAUGCUCAGGAUUUUCUAUCUGUGACGUCACUGACGGCCAAAAUGUGGAUCCGGUUAUUCUAGACAAUUAUCGGAUCGAAAUUGGCAAACUACAAGAAUUGCUUUCUACUUUUUCUGCAAAGUGGGUAAGCUGGAAAAUCGUUCUGGACAAGAAGAAAAUGGCAGAGGUCAAACAUUGGGUCACCACAGAACUGAGUAUCGUGCAGGUUACCUGUAACACGGAGCUACCUGCUGUACAGGAUACCUGUAACUGUAACACGGAACAGCAAUGUCGCCUCUACAGUCUAACACAGAUGUCAGUCUACGCCUACUUCCUUAAGACCCACCUCAACCACCGGGAUUACGGAAUCCACGCAUGCGCGGACAUACAGGAAAUAGUUAUCCGACAAUUGAAGGCCACGUGCUUGCUGAAACAGCUGCUCCAACCGGAAGUCUCAAACGACGACAUCUUUAAUUUCGUCAAAAAACAUUUCACCCGACCGGCCGUCUCGUUCAAAGGCAAAACGCCGCUGGAAAUAAGGGCGUUCACUAUCCUUGCAGUAGAUCUGAUGAAUACCACCAUGAGUUCCAGCCCAUUUUUCGUGUGUUCUUUAAAAAACUAAGAAAUGAUACGACAUUAGCUUCAGCUCAUUUAUAUAUAUAAAAAAAGCUUUAACGAGAUAGGAAGUUUUUGGUAGAUGAUGUCACAUUCUAGGUGAGGGAGAAAGGGGUUCAGAUUUUAGUAGGGAUAUAUUG